CUCCCCUCAACACGGCCAGUGAAGAUGGUUCCUACGUGUUCAACGUGUAUUUCGUCCGCUUGGCGUCCAGCGUAGUAAACAUCAUCAGCGAUGUAGUCAGCCUGUUCGUCUGCGUGCUCAUCAUCUGCAGCAAAUACUCCCAUCUGCUGAAGAGAGAGACCAUGAAGAUGAUCCUGCUCCGCAGGUUCCGGGUGUUGAUCCUCAUGGUCUUCCUCGUCGCGUGCUCCAUGCACAUCAUGAUAGACCUGCUGCCGAGGCUGGAGAGGCGCGGCGGCGGCGGCGGCGGCGGCGGCGGCGGCAGCGGCUGCUCCUGCUCGCACACGCCGAGCGAGGAGCCCCAGAGCCGGGGCCGCGGCAAGCAGGGCUGGCCCAACAAGCACACGCUGCGGAUCCUGCAAGACUUCAGCAACGAGCCCAGCUCCAACGUGUCGUCCAGAUCCGUGGAGAAGACCGCCGUCACGGCGUACACCCCGGACGGGUUCAGACGCGUCGGACUUUACGCGCGGCCCGGGGACUCGAAGAGAGUCCCGGUCCGGGACGCGCCGGUCCGGGGCUCCAUGCUGUCGGCUCUCUACGAACACCCGUUAUAUAAAAAGCCGGUACCGGUUCUGACGGACGAGGACACGUUGUUCAACGUCAACACCGACCUCAGAUUUGACCCCAAAGCCGCAGAGGAGCAGGAAUGGAAUGGCGAAGGCACCGUGGAGGAGUUCAGCCCCACAGGUGUGCUCACGGCCGACUCUUACCCCAACUGGCUCCGCUUCCACAUCGGCAUCAACCGCUACGAGCUGUACUCCCGGCACAACCCCGUCAUCGAGGCGCUGCUGAGGGACCUGGUCUCCCAGAAGAUCACCAGCGUCGCGAUGAAGUCCGGAGGCACCCAGCUCAAACUGAUUAUGACUCUCCAGAACUACGGACAGGCGCUCUUUAAACCCAUGAAGCAGACCCGUGAGCAGCAGACGCCCCCAGACUUCUUCUACUUCUCUGACUUUGAAAGACACAACGCUGAGAUCGCCGCCUUUCACCUGGACAAGAUCCUGGACUUCCGGCGUGUCCCUCCUGUGGCUGGCCGGCUUGUCAACAUGACCAAGGAGAUCCGAGACGUCACCCGAGACAAGAAGCUGUGGAGGACGUUCUUCAUCUCCCCAGCUAACAACGUGUGUUUCUACGGGGAGUGUUCAUAUUACUGCUCCACUGAACACGCGCUGUGCGGUAAACCGGACCAGAUCGAGGGAUCGCUGGCCGCCUUCCUGCCAGACCUGGCCCUCGCCAAACGCAAAACCUGGAGGAACCCCUGGCGCCGGUCCUACCACAAACGCAAGAAGGCAGAAUGGGAAGUCGACCCAGACUACUGCGAGGAGGUCAAACAGACGCCGCCGUACGACAGAGGGACACGCCUGCUGGACAUCAUGGACAUGACCAUCUUCGACUUCCUCAUGGGAAACAUGGACCGGCACCACUACGAGACGUUUGAAAAGUUUGGAAACGAGACGUUCAUCAUCCACCUGGACAACGGACGGGGGUUUGGAAAACACUCCCAUGACGAGGUGUCCAUCCUGGUGCCGCUGACUCAGUGCUGCAGGGUGCGCAAGUCCACACACCUCCGUCUUCAGCUGCUGGCGAAGGAGGAGUACCUGCUGUCCUCUCUGAUGUCCGAGUCGCUGGUCAGAGACCGGCUCAGCCCCAUCCUCAUCCAGCCACACCUGCAGGCCAUGGACCGCCGCCUACGCAAGGUGCUGAAUGUGUUGUCGGACUGUAUUGAGAAGGAGGGCUACAGCGGCGUGGUGGAGGACGACCUCCAGCUGAACAGAGCACACACGGGCCCCCCGCGGAGGUAGUCGUCUGGCCGCUGGGGGGGGGGGGUCUGGACACGAC